AUGACUUUGAAACCCACUGAUAAGGCACAGAUUUACGCCAUGAAAAAAAUGGGUGCGGAUCCCGAGAUGAUUGCGAAGCAAUUCAAGAUCUCUAGUCGACGCAUCUUUCAGAUCCUAAAAGAGGUUGACGAACGUGGCACGUUUGAGCGCAAGCAAGGCUCUGGACGACCCAGGAAGCUGACCGAACGUGACAUACGACGUAUUAAACAUUAUGCGAAGAAGAACAGACGUGCUCCUCUUGCUGAGAUUCAGCAAAAUGUUGCCCCUCAUGUCCAUUAG